GAUUUCCUCUCUCCGUCUCUCACUCUCUCUCCCAGUCCCCCCCAGCGGCGCCCGCGUCCACCAGCACAUCCUAGACCUGUAUCUUUCUUUCCUCCCCUACUUGAUCGAUGGCCGCCGACUCGCCCUAGCGAUACGAAGACGAUCAGACCAGCACUGCGUGGAAUUGAACGACGACGAAUGCUUGCCGACAGGCCAUUCAUGGCAUAGAUUGCCAUUUUGCCAUCUCCUCAAGGCAAUUGGGAGACUUCCGUUUCGCAGAAAAAGACUUGAGACGGGAGUCGGGCAAUGGGAUUCUGCUGCUGGCGCCACUGGGAACUCGACGACUUGAGCCCGACGAACGCUUGGAUCGCCUACCAAAAUCCAACCAAGAUCUAGCCUGAUCAAUAUCUGGUCGCCUCGCCGAUUCCCUCCUCCACCGCGCUACAAGCCAAUCACUCACGGCCGAAUCUCGACGUCCUACCUACCUGCGUACACAGCGGUCACCAUGGCCGGCUUGUCGCAAGACAUGUCGGAAGACGACGGUGGUCUUCCGUCUCACGACUGGACGACUCACGGCGGCGGCGCGUCUCCGGGCGCUAGUGACUCCGAGCAGGAUCCUGCUGACCCAAGCGCGCCCUCACAACCGAUACAGAAACGGCGUCGAGUUACUCGCGCUUGCGACGAGUGUCGUCGCAAGAAGAUCAAAUGCGACGGCAAACAACCAUGCACACAUUGCUCAGUGUACAGCUACGAAUGCACUUAUGAUAAGCCCUCCAAUCGAAGACGGAAUCCUGCGCCGCAAUACAUAGAAGCCCUCGAGGGCCGACUACAGCGCGCUGAAACCCUCCUCCGCAAAUUUAUGCCUGAUGUAGAUCUCGCAGACCCCAACCUCGACCCUGCCGUUCAGCAAGAAUUCCACAAUCGCGAGCAAACACGCGCACGAGUCGCGAGACAGCAUGGGGGACCUUCCAAUGUGCCUCCGCCAUCCAGCUCGGAUUCAAACGACGCGCAGAUUGUAUCCAUGAUUGACUCGACUGGGCAACUUGACAUCGACGACAAAGGCGGUUGGGACUUCCACGGCAUCUCAUCUGGAUCCAUGUUCCUGAAACGCAUGAAAGAGCAUUUCCGUGGCAAGCUUGGGCCGUCGGCAAAAUUACCUUUCACCACGAAACCUGAGCGACCUACUGUUGGGUUGGCAAACCUCGAUCCACCUACGCCCGUCGGCCAGUCACCGUUCUCAUCAGUUUCCAACUACGCCGAGCUCCCAUCCAAAGAGGUCACUCGCAACCUCUGCUAUUACUCCCUCGGCUGCGCGACCUGCCUGGUCCGUAUUGUUCACGUGCCUUCGUUCUACGAGAAACUCGACAAAAUUUACGAUCGACCUGUCGAAUCUCUGAACCAAGAAGAAACGCACUUUCUGGGCCUUGUAUACGCUGUCUUGGCUCUCGGUUGCAUGUACGAGAGCCUCGAUGAACAAAACUCCCACAAGAUGAGCGUGAAAGAAGCCAUGGAUGAAGGCAUGAAAUACUACAAGAGCGCACGAGCAUUGAUACAAGACAUUACGCAAUGCCGCGACCUCACUUCGCUUCAAGCGCUGCUUUUCAUCAUCCUUUUCCUCCAAGCGACUUCGAACAUGAGCGCAUGCUACACAUUUGUAGGCAUCGCCCUGCGGUCCGCUCUCCACAUGGGCCUUCAUCGCCAUCUCAAACACGACCAAAUAGACACAAUCGAAGACGAGACUCGACGGCGCGUGUUCUAUGUCAUCCGCCAGAUGGAUAUUUACCUCUCCACCCUGUUGGGCUUUCCGCUGAUGCUCAACGCCGAUGACGUCGACCAGCCAUUUCCAACAGAGGUCGACGACAAAUUCGUCACGCAUAACAUGAUUCUGCAACCACCUCCCGGUUCAUCCUCCUUCUAUGUGGCCUUUAACGCACAUACGCGUCUCAUGGAAAUACUAGCCAAAAUUACAAAGUAUGUGUAUCCGAUGAAGGGAUCAGAAUCCAGCAUCAAGCGCCAGAAGUCGGCGGCGGCAUCCACGUACUCCAUCAGCUAUUCCAGGAUCAAGGAAAUCGAAGGCGAACUCCAGCAGUGGUUCGAGAGGCUUCCCGAAACGUGGCGACCGAGCCCUGAAGGCCCCAUUGAGGUUGUGAGGGUGCGUCACUUGCUCAGAUUCGUCUACGCACACGUGCAGUUGGUCCUGUACCGGCCGUUUCUCCAUUACGUGUCGCCACGCCUGAGUCAAGGGACUAAGAUUGACGAACUGUCGUACGCCUGCGCUGCUGCUGCGAUCAGUGUCUCUCGCAACAUCGUCCACAUUGGUCUCGAGAUCCGCAAGCAGAGGGUCCUCAGUGGGCCUUACUGGUUCAUGCUCUACACGGAGUUCUUUGCAGUCCUGUCGCUGGUGUUCUACGCGAUAGAGAAUCCAGAAAAGCCAGGCUCAGCAGAAGUCCUCGCUGAUGCGCAAGCUGGGCGCAAGAUGAUCGCAGAGCUAGCCGACAAGAGCCUGGCGGCCGAGCGAGUGACGAAAUCGCUCCAGGUGCUGUUCGAACAACUACCCGAGAAACUGGACCCCGCGAACCACAAGACCGUGCAAAGCAAGAAGCGUUCAGCACAGAAUUCUGGUAAAUCAGGACCAAUCCCCAUGUUCUCGACCGGCCGGCAGUCCAGCGUCUCGUCGCAGCGCACUGGGGACUUGGCGCGUGCUCGUAACGGGGGCAGGACUGCACCGGCCUACAGCACGCCCGCGUCUCGUGGCUCUGGCGAUGCUGUGCCCUCCAUGUCUGAGCAGCGCUUCCAAGACCCUAGCUUCACUGGCAUGCCUGAUCUUCUCGCUUUCGACAUGUCCUCUCGAGCCACAUCUGGCUCCCCCAGCACGGCUUCUAGCUCACAACAGCCGUAUGCGAUCCAGCAGCAAGGUCAAUCAUUCAAUGGGCGCAACCCUGUCAACAAGCUUGACCACCUCAUGUUUCCAUCGGAAGAUCCCUUUGCCUACCCCAAUCAGCCCAUGAUGGAGCUUGGAUACCAGCCUCCGCCCCCCGUGGGUCAGCAGCAAGCGCAAGGAUCUCAGUUCUUCAUGCCAGGCUCAAUGGACGACGUGGAUUCCCAGCUCCUGGGACAGCCCCCACCUUACGCGAUCCAGCAUCCCGAAGGCCAACCAGGCCUGGAGUUCUCGGCGAACAUGUUCGAUCCGAUGUACAACGUUCCGAUGAGUGGUCAACAAUCACACUCGCAGCCACCUUCGACGUCAUCCCAGUCCAUACACUCUACCAUAUCGCAGGGCCGUAGAGUGCAUCCGCGACGGCAGGAGAGGCAGAUUGAUCAGAUGUUUGAUCAGAAUGGCAUGCAAGCGGACUGGGGUGGUUUCUUUGGGUCUGGCCGUGGCGGGAUCGUGGGAUUUUCACCACCGGAAGGCCAGGAGCAAGGGGGGGCUGUAGCAACGGAAUCAGUACAUUCAGGAGCACGAAUUUCUUGGGUACAAUGGCAUUGCUCGGGUGUUUAUACAGAUAGGGGCGAACUGCCAGGAAGAUGUAUGUUCCUGGUUUCUUGGAUCUCGGCGCUUCGCACGGACAAGACUGAGUCGCGGCGAGGUCCAGUCCUUGGUGAGCGAGCACGUGACCAUCGUCCAAAUUUGCCAUACCAAUGCGUGUCAUGGAAGGACGUAACAUCGACCCGGUCCCUGACCGGGAAUUCGAUGCGUUCGAGGGCUCAUGCUCGCAAAGUCGUAGACGAACUGCGGGCCGGCGGAGCAGACAACGUCGACAAGGGCUUCAUCUACUUGCCCGGCGAGGUCACAACUCAUUAUGAAGACUCGGACAUGGGUCCCAGGUUCCGUCAACGCCGCUACUUCUUCUACAUGACCGGCGUCGACCUGCCGGACUGCGCAGUGACCUAUGACAUCGUACGACAGAAUCUCAUUCUUUGGAUCCCCUUUGUCGAGCCAAGGCAGGCAAUGUGGUACGGUUCCUUUCCCAGCCCAGGAAAGGCGGCUUCCAUGUUCGAUGUGGACGACGUGCGCCUGGAGAGAGAUCUAUGCAAGUACUUGGAGUCUCAAUGUGACUCAUCCACAACCAUCUUUGCGUUGAAUCGCAAUCAGCAGCCUGACAUGACGGACAGUGGCCGGGACCAUCCCAGAUUCGACACGUCAGCAUUACGGCCUGCUAUGGACAGGGCGAGAGUCAUCAAGGAUGAGUACGAGAUCGCACUGAUUCGCCGCGCGAAUGCCAUCUCGAGCCGUGCACAUCUGGAGGUCAUGAAGAACCUACUCAAGAUGCGCAACGAGCAAGAGGUCGAAGCUACUUUCAAGGCGCUUUCGAUCGCCCAAGGCGCACACAGCCAGGCUUACGACAUCAUCGCCGGAGCUGGCGCGAACGCAGCGACACUGCACUACGGCGCGAAUAACGAGCCUCUGAAGGGCAAGGAACUCAUUGUCGUGGAUGCGGGUUGCGAGUUCCGAUGCUACGCCAGUGACAUCACACGCACUCUUCCGAUUUCAGGGGAAUUCACCGGGAAGAGCAACGUUAUCCACAGCAUUGUCAGUGAAAUGCAGAGGGAAGUCAUCGCCUCCAUGAUCCCUGGUGAGGAAUUCGCGUACCUGCACGCGGCGGCUGCGGAUAUCGCUGUUGAUGGGCUGAUGGCUGUGGACAUCCUUGUGGGUGACAGAGACGAGAUCAUAGCCAGUCAUGUCGUCACUGCUUUCUUUCCUCAUGGUCUGGGCCACCACGUCGGGUUAGAAUGCCACGACGUGAGCGGCGACGAAAGGCUGCUGUUUGCGUCGUCGUCAAAGAGGACAGAACGCAGUAAACGAGAGAUGAUUACGCCUAUGGAAAUGGAAGACAUUGUGCAGGGGGGAUGGAGAGCACAUCAGGUUUUGCGACCGGGCAUGAUUGUCACCGUCGAGCCUGGCAUCUACUUCAACCGCGACUACAUUGAAGGGUACUUCCUCUGUCGACCUGAGUUCGCGCGGUUCUUUGACAAGGAAGUCUUGGAGGAGUACUACAGCGUUGGCGGUGUACGAAUUGAGGAUGACAUCUUGGUCACCGAGAAAGGUUUCGAGAACCUGACUACGGCACCCAAGGGAGAGGCUAUGCUGGACAUCAUCAACGGCAGAGUCAAAUGAACACGGCAUGGGAUGACAGGCCAAGCAUUGCCACAUGAGCUGGUGGUUCGCGUUGAGCACACAAGUACAGCAAGCAACCAAGCCGCAGUGUACACGGCAUCACAGGGUUUUCAAUGUCAAUUGCGAUUAUCAGGGAA